UGAAAGCAAAGGACAACAGGACAACCAUCUGAACGAACAGCUCACUACUGACACAGAACAUGGAGCGAGACUUCACCCCAGGAUUCACAAUUUUCUAUGACUCUUCAAGUAGAGAAGCAGGACGAAGAAGGGAAUUCACGUCGAUCUGCCCUCUGUGCAAUAAAGAGACAAAGAAGCCCAUCACUAUCUCGUGUGGACACACCUUCUGCUGGAGUUGCUACCAUGAAUAUGAAGAGGCCAAAGGGCAAUUUGGAUAUAGUUGUCCAUCAUGUAUCAACCAAGAACCAGAUGAGCCCCUGCAGCUAGUAAGUGUUGAUGAGAAUGGCCUGCUGGUUCUACAAGAGAGGGUCCUGUAUAGCUGUUUCCUGGGUCGGAGGAUUGAAGAAUACCCCGUUUACGUGAUAAGUGUGAUCGGAGAGAGGCGGAGAGGAAAAUCCUUUCUAAUGAAUUACCUCAUAAAAGCCCUCCAAAGCCAGGAGACAGCUAAGGAAUUUGAUCUUGGAGCAGAAGAUGAGAUAUUGAAGGGUUUUCCUUGGAAGCCUGGAACAGACAGAGUUACUUAUGGGAUUUGGAUAUGGAGUAAACCUUUCAUCUUGGAACGAAAUGGACAGAAAGUCGCUGUAUUUCUGCUGGACACGGAAGGCUCCAUGGAUAUGGAAGGUGAUAGAAAAGCCUACAUAAAGAUGUGCAUGUUAACCAUGCUCCUCAGCUCACACCUUAUUUGCAAUGUGAAUAAUGACAUAAAAGAAACAGACAUCGACUAUCUUGAGCUGUACUGUGAUGGAAUCAACCGCGAUAAACUGGAUAAUUUAAAGUACUUUGAUUUUUUGAUUCGAAAUUGGCAUGACCCUAAGAAAUGCACAGCAAAUGAUGCCAAAUCCUAUAUGACAAAGGAAACUGAGAAAAUGAAGAAUAGAUACAAGAACUGCAACUUUUUGGCGGUUCUUCGCCAGUGUUCUUCCGAAUGCUUCUUGAUGCCACACCCAGGAACAGAAAUCACUAGCAAGGAGACGGGAAGACUUAAAGAUAUGAAUAAAGAAUUCCAGGACAGCUUGAGAACAUAUCUUUCAGGCGUUGUAGAGAGAGUCCAGCUCAAUAUUGGACCUGCUGACCAUACAAAUACGCUCACAUGUAGUGAGAUGUUUCAGAUGAUGACGGUGUUUGUGUCGUACAUUAAUGAUCUGAAGUACAACAUCUCCAGUCCUUUAGAGAUGUAUAACAUGAGAAAGAACCAGGAACGCAUGGAAGAAAUAAAGAACGAGUUUCAAAAAUUUCUCAGUAGCUGGCCCAUGUGGCGACUCAGAAUAGGGGAUACGGUUGCUGAAAAGAUCUCAGAACUUCAAAAGGAAUUUGAGCAAUCUUUCAGAGGUAUAAAUGAAGAGGAUCGCAAGGAUCUGCUGGAGAAGCUGAAGGAAUAUUUAUUAACUGAAGGAGACAAGUUCUGCCGUAGUCACAAUAUUAAGCUUCUAAUAAAUGGGGUUCCCGUAGGUUUGGCAUUAAUAGGGGCAGUAAAUCCAGCAGCAGCCAGGGUGGCUUUCAAUGGAGCUGCAAAAUUGGCAGGUUGGAUUCUGUUUCGUAAAUUCUUUUGAUGCAAAUACACAUGUAUGGUAGGAUGGGGAGUAUUUGGGGGCAUUGUGAAGUGUCCGAACUUAAAAAACAGCCAUUGGGACCCCCCAUUGAUCAGCUGUUAUCUAUAUGGAAACCUGGUAGUGCCACCACACUGAAAAUGAAUUCAUGUAAAUUGGGUGGGCACCAAAAAUCAAAUAGUAAAGCUACAUAGUUGGUAAAGUUGAAAAAAAAAUCACAGAUCCAUUUAGGCCAACCUAUAAUCAUAUUUUUCAGACUAUAAGAUUAUAAAACUGUUGUAGGAAAUAUUCAUUAUCAAUAUUUGGGGUUAAUAUUAAUAAUAAUUCAAGCGGACCUUUCAUGGUUUUGUAUUAAUGGAGAUAAAUACCUUUACUUGCGGGGUACCCCCUCGCUGAUGCUGCCACCCUGGCUAAAAUAUCGCUCCUAUGCCCCUGCUGUG